ACUAAAAAUGGAAUUCAGAUCACAGAAAAUAGACAUUGGACACUCAACCACUAAGAAGUACUCCAAGAUUCUCUCAUGGCUUCUUGUAACAAGAGUUUCUCUUGCAAAUACAUGUUGUUGGAUCCCAACGAUGUGGGAUUCUUUGAUCUGAUUCACAUCUUGUUUUCCAGUAAUUUGAAGAGGAGGAGGUUUGUCGACUCUUCUAUGGAUACCGAGGACGACCCUGACCGGAGGUGGCUCAUAUUUCUCUCCAUUGUGGUGCAAAAGUUGCUUCAGUUUGUGGCAACGCCAAUGGCAAUGAUUGGCAGGGGGAUCGAGCUCUGCUUGAACCUUUUCUCAAAUACUCAAAACUUGGUCGGGCUGCUCCAGAAUUUGCUGCGAGGUGAGUAUAUAAUACCAAAGAAAGACUCAAGAACGUUCGUGUCGUUCAUUGGAAAUUUGGACAAGCGAGUAGAGCUGGACAAAAGCAUCAAACAUGGAGAUGGUAGGUAUAAUGCAGCACUUAGUAUGAUGGCGUCUAAAAUAUCGUAUGAGAACAAAUUCUACAUCGAAACUACAGUCCUAGAUCACUGGAAGAUGGAGUUCGUGGGCUCUUACGACUUCCGGAAUGAUUAUCAAGGAAAAUCGACAACACAGGCAUGUAUUCUACGUGACAGAAGUGCCGACCGUGACAUUAUUGUUGUAGCCUUUAGAGGCACUGAACCCUUCGAUGCAGAUGCAUGGUGCACUGACCUUGACAUCUCCUGGUAUAAACUAAAAGGGGUCGGAAAGAUCCAUGGAGGUUUCAUGAAAGCUCUAGGUUUACAGAGAGAUGUUGGUUGGCCGGAGCCGGAGAAAAUCAAACAAGUGGAUAAGAACCCAGGCGGCUUAGCUUACUAUGCCGUUAGGGACAUGCUGAAAAUACUUCUGCUUGAAAAUGACAAAGCAAAAUUUAUAGUAACUGGCCACAGUUUAGGUGGUGCGCUAGCAAUUCUCCUUCCAGCAGUUUUAACAUUUCACAAGGGAAAUGAUUCAGAACUCCUGUUGGAGAGGUUGGAGGGAGUUUAUACAUUUGGGCAACCUAGGGUUGGUGACAAGGUUUUCGGGGAGUACAUGGAAAAGAAAAUGAAAGAGCAUAAGAUUAAUUAUUUUAGGUUCGUUUAUGGGAAUGACUUGGUGCCGAGGCUGCCUUACGAUGACAAGGCCCUAAUGUUCAAGCACUUUGGGAAGUGCCUCUACUAUAAUAGGGAAUAUGAAGUGCAGGUUCUUCCAGAAGAGCCAAAUAAGAAUUACUUCUCCCCAGAGAAAAUAAUACCGAUGAUGGCGAAUGCUUUUGGUGAGCUGGUAAGAAGUUUCACCAUUCCAGACAAGAAGGGACUGGACUACAAAGAAGGGUGCUUCUUUAAGAUGAUUAGGUUAAUGGGUUUGGUAAUGCCAGGAGCAGCAGCACAUUGUCCCCAAGAUUAUGUAAACGCCACCAGAUUGGGAUCCUCGGAUGUGUUUUUAUAGCUCAAGUAUUUCAUAUGAAAUUAACCAAAAGGCGCACACACACAUAUAUAGUCCUACAACUCUAGUAGGACUUAAAUGUAAUUUCCCUAUUAUUUAUUCGUUUUAAAUACAUUGCAUUUAUAUUUGUACAAACGUACGUGUUAGAACCCUACUCUACGUCUUCUACAAUUGAACAGAACAACAAUACAAACAAUCAAUAUCUCAUUAACUGCC